UAUUACUUGCGUUAAGAAUAACCUAAGUAGCGAAUCUAGUGACUUCAAGUAUCAAUUAUUAAUUAACUGUGUUAUGUUGGAACAAUGAAUUUGCAGAAACGAAUAGGAAGUCGCUUUGUUUGUAAAUCCCCUUAAACUGCAAUUUUGAAUCGUACGAAAAGAUGACAUAGCAUAACGUUUGAAUGAUUAGGAUAUCAUUUCGAUUCUGAUAACGUCGCAGUAUUUAUCAGAUAUCAAAAUUGCAUUAAUAUGGACCGAAUAGUGAUAUUUGGAGCUACUGGAAAUACCGGGUUAUGCGCUUUAAAUCAUGCUGUACAAAAGGGUUUAAAUGUAAGGGCAUUUGUAAGGGACAAAAACAAAAUUCCAGCAAACUUGGUAGAAAAAAUACAUGUUGUCACUGGAGAUGUUACUAAUGCAGAACAAGUGUCAAAUGCAGUAUCUGAUAGAGAUGGAGUGGUUGUUGUGCUUGGCACAAGAAAUGACUUGAGUCCAACCACUGUAUUAUCGCAGGGCAUGAAAAAUAUAAUAAAUGCUAUGGUAGCACAUAAUGUAAAAACAGUAUCUGUUUGCUUGUCUGCAUUCUUGUACUAUAAACCAGAAGCAGUACCUGCUAUUUUUAAGGAUUUAAAUGCAGAUCAUCAGCGUAUGUUUGAUCUACUUAAAGGAAGCAAAUUAAAUUGGAUUGCUGUAUUACCACCACAUAUUGCUGAUGCACCAAGUUCAAAAUAUGUUGUUAAGUACGAUGAGUCGCCUGGCCGUGCUAUCUCCAAACAUGAUUUAGGUGCUUUUCUCAUUGACAGCCUUCAGCAAUCAGAACAUUAUCAGAAAGUUUGUGGUAUUGCAACCGUUUCAUAAUAGAACUUGAAGUAUGAUUAUAUACAAAUAAAAGUUGUUCUAUUUUUGUUUUUGGAUAA